AAAAUUAGCUGAGUUUUGCAUUAAAACCAUGUUACCUGAAUCAAAAGAAUACAAAAGCAAGUGAUUCUUUCUGUCUUUUUUACUUCAACAAUCUCUAUUUAAACAUCUUCAAAACCAAGACCUUUCAAGAUAAUCACUAAUCACUAAUCACCACUAUAUAUAUAUAUUUCAGAUUCUCAAAGAGAUCAUACAGAAAAAUGGCCAACUCUCCCUCGAAUCAACCUGUUCGUUCGAUUAGUUUGCCAUCUAGACCUCACCCAUUAGUCCCACAAAUCGAUGAACAUGUAUCGAAAUUAAGGUCUUCAGAGGUGGUUUCUACUUCUGUUUCUCAACUAUCCUCAUUAGGCUACAAGCUUAGCAUCCUUAAAGACUUGUAUGAGUGUUUGGAGAAUUUAAUUCUUCUACCACAAAACCAACAAAAACUAAUGCUAUUUUCCAAUGCUAGCAGCAUCGAUGAGCUGCUCGAUGGAUCAUUGAGGCUCUUGGACGUCUGCGGCAUUGCUAAGGAUGUUUUGGCGCAAGUGAAGGAACAUAUGCAAGAAAUACUAUCUUCUCUUAGAAGAAGAUCGAACACAGAUUUGAGCAUUGGGGACGAAAUUGUCGAUUAUGUGAAUAUGAGGAAGAAGACUAGGAUGACGAUGAAGAAAUGUUUGAAAGAUGUCAAGGGUUUGAUGAAACGAUUCACCUCUCAAAAGGGUGAUCAUGAGAACGCUGCUAUGGUUGAUGUUUUACGAGAAGUCGAGGGAGUAACAGCUGAGAUCUUUGAGUCCUUAUUGGAAGCAAUUUCUGGGUCAAAGUCACAGUUUCACAAGAGAAAUGCUAGUUUGUCUAUUGUUAUGUGCAAGCUAAUUAUGUACCAAAAUGAGGAAUCUGAGGAAGAAGAGGAAUCCAAAAAUGAAUUCGAUGAUGUCGAUUCAACUUUGAGUUCAUUGGUGAUUACCCAAAAGAAGAGAAUUUGCCUCAAUGUAAUACAAGCUGAGAAUUUGAGGAGACGACUAGUUAAGUUAGACUCGGCAAUUCAAGAUUUGGACGAAGUGCUAGAAGGCGUGUUCAGGUGUCUGGUGAAGACCAGAGCAACCCUCCUAAACAUCAGUUACUAUUGAAAGUUCAGAAAACAAUCUGAACAAACUAA